GAGAGUGUGGGGGAAGAACGGAACGAUGAAGAAGCGAAAGGCAUUGAGCGUGGUGGUCAACGCGAUGUGUUUGGUUAUGGUUUGCAGUGCGAUCGAAUCUCCGCAAUACACAGUUCUACACAGCGAGUCCGAUUUCGAGAUCAGGCUCUAUCGAACCUCCGUUUGGAUGUCCGCUCCUGCCCUCGACAUAUCCUUCGAGAAAGCCACAUGGAACGGCUUCCAUAGGUUGUUCCAGUUCACAGAAGGUGCGAACCUGAAUUUCUCUCGAAUCCCGAUGACCGCUCCGGUGUUGACGAGCAUGGUCCCUGGGGCUGGGCCUCUUCAAUCCCAAGGCUAUUACGUUAGUUUGUACUUGCCUGUUAAGUUCCAAGCGAGUCCACCUGUUCCGCUUCCCGAACUCAAUAUUAAGCCCUAUGAAUUCACCAUCCACUGCGUUGCGGUGAGAAAGUUUUCUGGUUUUGCCAAGGAUAAUAGGAUUGUGAAAGAGGCGGAAAAACUUGCCACUAGUUUGAGUAGGUCUCCUUGGGCAGAUUCAACUUCGUCCAUCACUCAGCGUGCUUACUCAAUUGCACAGUACAAUACUCCGUUCCGAAUUGUUAAUCGCAAAAAUGAGGUUUGGGUCGAUAUUCAUGCUCCUGAAUUGGGCUGUGAGUCGGUUGCUGUUUCUGCUUAUUGAUUUAGCAUCUGUUUGAAUCCCGUUUAAAUUAUUAUGGAUCAAUGUGUAUUUGUAUUAAAAGCAUAAGUUAUAGCAAACAUAGAUCUGUGUUAUUUUAAACGUGAAUUCAAAAAUGUAAUUACUCUGUUGAUUUGUUUAUAUUAUGUAACUAUU